AUGGCGAUUUUGGCAAAUAAUAUGUUGUUGCUGAAUGAUGUGAAUUAUGGGUACUGGAAAGUGAGAAUGAGAGCAAACUUAUGUGGAGCUGAUGAAGAUAUUUGGACAGUUGUUCAAUCUGGAUGGGAAGAACCAUGUGUGAUGCAAGAAGAUGGCUUGAAGACACUUAAACCGAAGACAAAGUGGACUGCAACAGAGAAAAAACUUUCAAGGUUUAAUGCGAAAGCACUGGAUACAAUCUUCAGUUCUGUAGAUGGAAAGCAAUUUGAGCUUAUACAGGGAUGUGAAUCAGCUAAGGAGGCUUGGGAUAUACUACAAAAUGCUUUUGAGGGUACUGCGAAAGUUAGGAGGAUAAGAUUGGAUUUGCUUGCAUCACAGUUUGAAGACAUAAGGAUGACUGAUGAUGAGAAGAUAGGAGAUUUCAGUGCAAAGCUUAGCUCCAUAGCCAAUGAAUCACAAGUUUUAGGUAAAAAAUACGAAGAUGCGAAAUUGGUGAAGAAGUUUUUGCGAUGUUUGCCUACUAAGUUUGCAGCACAUAAAGCAGCAAUAAACUUGACGAUGAACACUGAUGAACUCAAGUUUGCUGAGGUAGUAGGGAUAUUGAAGGCUGAGGAGAUGGAACUGGAAUCUAAGUUUUCAAAGCCUGCUCAAGACUCUACAGUUACAGUUGAUGAAGACAUCCAAAGAGCUCAAAAACUUGAAGAAUCUAUUCACCUGAUGAUUCAGAAACUUGAAGAAACCAUGAAUCUCUUGUAUAAGAUGUUCAACGACAGACUGCCUAAAGAAGAAGGAAAAAAUAAAAUGCAGGGAGCGGUGUGUUUUAACUGUCAUGGUAUUGGACAUGUCAAAACAGAUUGUCCAUCAUUCAAGAGAAACGAAAUCAAGUGCAAUGGAUGUAAUGGUUAUGGGCAUAUAAAAUCAGAUUGUGUGAACACAAAGAAGAUGAAGAUGAGGAGAAUUUGCAAUGAUAAAAAGCCAGAAAGAAAAGAAGAUGCUCUAAAUUUCGUGGCUCUUCAUGGAGCUAUGGGGUCUGAAAAAGACAUCACUAAAAGUGAAUUUCAUGCGUCGUGUGUGUCACACACCAACUCCGAUGUGUCACACACCAACUCCGAUGUGUCACAUAGUGAUGCAAAAAGUGAUAUAAAUGUGGAUCUUCUAGCUGAGUAUCAGGUUUUGUUUGGUCAAUUUGCUAAACUCAGUGAAGAAAAUAUUCAGCUUAUCAAAGAUACAACAAUGCUGAAAGCAAAAGUGAACAUUCUAGAGUUGGAAACCAACAAUAAAUCUGAGACUAGAGUGUCAAAAGAAGAGAAGGAGUCUGAUCCACAUAGUUCACAUAAGAAAAUCUCUGAGCAGGCCUACAAUCUAAAGAGUAUGGAGACUAAAUAUGAUCAGACGAAACAACUAUUGAAUGAGGAACGCGAGAAAAGUCAGCUGCUGCAAAGAGAACUCAGUGAAAAUUACAAAAAGUUAAGGAUGCUGAACAGAGGAUCUGAAACUUUAGAUCAGAUAUUAUCAGUUGGACAACCUCCAAAGGUGAAUUGGGGCUUAGGAUACAAGGGUGCUGCUCCAAAAGAUCAAGCUAUUCCACUCGAUGUUAUCAAGUUUGUAAAAGGUACUCCAUCUAACCCCGAAAGUAGCUCGAAAGCUGAGAAAAGACAUACAUCUACACCUGUGGAAAAAGAACCUAAUGCUCAGACAAAACUACACUCUCCAAAGCCUGCAAUAACUAGGAGGAAUGGUUGUUUGUUUUGUGGGAAUCAUGGUCAUAAGGUUGAUUUUUGUUAUUCUCGAAGACACCAGAUUGAGCGAGCUUGGAGGAUGAACCCUUGUUAUGUGGAACCUAGAAGGUAUGGAUAUGUAUGGAUAGCUAAGAAAGAUCUGUAUCCCAAAUUUACGAAAGGUGUGUCACACGAGCAUACCAAUGUGUCAUACACUCGAAUGGUUGAUCAAUAUACUGAACUUGAAGAACCAGUUCGAUGGCGUAGAAGGAGUUGA